AUGAAGACUGCCGUUCUCUUCUCCAUCUCCGCGCUGAGCGCCUACGUUGUCGCUGCGCAGGCGCCCCUCGACGCCCAAUGUGGCGGAUCUGGCUGGACCGGUGAGACCUCGUGCGAAGCCGGGUCGUCCUGCGUGGCCGUCGAUGCGUGGUACAGCCACUGUGUGCGUGCCGUUGCUGUGCGGCAAGAAGAGGAGCAGGGGGGUGACGCUGAGGAGAAGAAGGACAAGAAAAAGGACAAGAAGAAGGAGGUGGAUGCUGGGCAGGAUUCGGGCAGCGGUUCUGGAGACGAGGAGACUGGUGGUGAUGCCGGGAAUGAUGCCGGUGGCGAUGCCGGGGGUGAUGCCGGGGGUGAUGCCGGCGGCGAUGCCGGCGGCGAGGAAGCGGGUGGUGAUACCGGCAAUGAUGCUGGUGGUGAUACUGCUUCGACCCUGCAGACGGUCGUCACCUCGGCCGCCCCCGCCGCGUCUUCGAACCCCGACUCGGGCAGCGACUCGGGCAACGAUUCCGGCAACGACACGGCGACGCCCACCGACGCAGAAUCCCCCUCGGCAUCCGCGUCCCUGAGCCCCGGCACGCCCAACCUCUCGGGCGCCCCGCCGUCGGCGACAUCAGCACUGCCGGUCAACCCCGGCGGCUCGGGCACGGUCAACGGCAACAUUCCGGCGCCGGCGGGCACGGAACUGGCGAGCGCCCCGAUCAAGGUGUCCGGCGGGCUCGACGGCGGCAUGAAGCUGUACGACCGCGACACGGUCGUGUGCGCGGGCCAGGCGGAGGGCGGCGAGGCGGACGCCAUAUUCGUCCUCGACGACGGCGCGACCCUGUCCAACGUCAUCAUCGGGCCGAACCAGGGCGAGGGCGUGCACUGCCUGGGGACCUGCACGCUCGAGAACGUCUGGUUCCAGGCCGUGUGCGAGGACGCCAUCACGCUCAAGCAGUCGGCCGGCACGUCGCGCAUCGUCGGCGGCGGCGCCUUUGACGCCAGCGACAAGAUCAUCCAGUUCAACGGCUUCGGCACCGUCGAGGUGACCGACUUUUACGCCGAGAACUACGGCAAGCUCGUCCGCAGCUGCGGCAACUGCAAGGGCAACGGCGGCGCCCGCAACACUGUCAUUGGCGGCGUCAGGGCCGUCGCCGGCGGCGCCCUCUGCGGCAUCAACACCAACCUCGGCGACACGUGCUCCGUCGUCGACUCGUGCCAGUCCGAGGGCAAGAGCUGCGAGCUGUUCGAGGGCAACAAUGACGGCGGCGAGCCCGCCAAGAUUGGCGAGGGGCCCGACGGCUCGUCGUGCACCGUGAGCGGGCUGACGACCUGCUGA